UCUUUCUCCACUUUAUUCUCCCAAGAAAUAACACAAUUUCCCGGAUUCAAACUUCUCUUUUUUCAACGUCUUCUAAAGAAAGUAAGAAUCUAUCGUCUCUAAUUCUUCUCUUUUUAUAGUAUAUAUAUAAAAAACUACUUUGCUCUUUUUCUUCAUCUGGUAGAGAGCAUUUACAUUAAUAAACUUCGGAGAAAAGCAAAAGAAGAUAGCACAAAGAAACAUCCAUCUUAUUAACUUUCUCUUUUUGUAUUAUCUCUAUAACUCACUUUUAAGUUUCCUCAGAGAUUCAAAAUCAAAAUCUUCCAGAAACUGCUUCAAGCUUCUACUUGAUCAAACUCAUGACCCACUUCUCAUAAAAAGCACCAACCAGUUCCAACUCUUUUCUCAUUCAUUUCUUUAGUUUCCGGCAAGAUUUGACACAGUUUUGUGUUCUGUUUUUUUUUUUUAUAAAUAUAAUAAUAAAAAUAUGGAUCGGAAGAGAGGGUGCAAGAUCAGGAAGAGAGGCUGUUCUUCCUCCUCCUCCUCUUCUCUUGCUCGUCGAAACCGCUUCAAACGCGCCAUUUUCGCCGGGAAAAGAGCCUCACUAGAAGACGGCGGCGGCUCAGGAACUCCGGUUAAGUCCAUCACCGCCGCUAAACCUCCCGUACUCUUACCGUUUUCUCCGGAAAACCCUCCUGUAUGUCAAUCACAGAAACGCUGCGUGUCAGCUAGAAAGCUGGCGGCAACGUUGUGGGAGAUCAGCGACGGCAAUACAGAACCUCCUGUAUCCAACGAAGAUUGCUUGAAAAACAAGAAACCACCGAGAAACAGAAGGAAGACAUCAACAGAAAUCCCUUUCCCUGAUUUCCCGCUAAAAUCAUCCCAUCCGGUUUCCCACGAGAGAAUCCUUCUCCAAGAUGAUGAUACAUUUCGUAGAAGAUCAAAAAUUCCACAGAAACUACAACUAAUCGAAUACAAAACCAUCGGCACAAACUCUGUGAAAACUCGUUUCAAGAAUGUCAGCGAGGGUUUAACGACGUCUAAAGAGCUGGUGAAAGUUUUAAAACGGAUCAGCCACCUCGGAGAUGAUCAUAAGAACGCGAGCAACCGUUUGAUCUCUGCUCUGGCUUAUGAACUAAACAGAGCAAGAUCUUCUCUAAAGCAUCUAAUGAGUGAGUUCAAUGCGGAGGAGGAGGAGAAGCGGAGGUUAGUAGAGAAGCUUCAAGAAGAAGCGGUGGCUGAGAGGAAACUCCGGCUAACAACGGAGAAGAUGAACAGAAGGUUAUUAAGAGAGCUCGCGGAAGCUAAGGAAACAGAGAGGAAGAUGAAGGAGGAGAUGGAGAGAGAGAAGAGAGCGAAAGACGUUCUUGAAGAAGUUUGUGAUGAGCUGGCGAGAGGUAUCGGAGAUGAUAAGAAGGAGAUGGAGAAAGAGAGAGAGAUGAUGCAUAUAGCUGAUGUUCUGAGGGAAGAGAGGGUUCAGAUGAAGCUCACGGAGGCGAGACACGAGUUUGAGGAGAAACACGCCGCCGUGGAGCGGCAGAAGAAGGAGCUCCGGCGGGUUGUGGAUGGGCAGGAGGAGAAAGGGUCGUCGGAGAUUCUCAGGGUUUUAGAGAUGUUAGAUGGUUCUGAUGAUGAUGAUGAUGAGGAGGAGGAGGAGGAGGAGAGUGAUCUUAAGUCGAUUGAGCUGAACAUGGAGAGUGGAUGUAAGUGGGGAUAUGUUGAAAGCCGGAGAGAUGGUCGGAGGGAGUCAAGAUUUGUUGGCUCCGGCGAAGAUGAUGAUGAUCAUGUGGAGAAGAGAUCAGUGAUCGUUGAUAAUGGGGAGAGAGAUGAAUCUUUGAAGACUCUAAGAGAGUACAUUGUUUCUAAUGUCAGAUUCAUAGGUUCCUCAUCGGCACUCACCUAAU